AUGCGGUUUGAUGAGCCACGCAGCCCGCAGCCCUGUCGCCACACGCUCAAUGAAUACACCUUGCCACGAACGUUCAUCGAGACCCUGCUGGCUUACUUGUACGACUUUGCGCCCUCUAUAUCUGGUAUGUCUGAACAGAUCGAGAUGGAUGACUUGCGAGGCGGCAGAACGCCUGCUGCUCCUGCUUCUGAAUCACAACCCGGACUUCUUCCUUCGCCGAGCGACGACUCGCGUGACGCCACAUCUGCCUCCUGGAGUUGGUUCUCUGGAUCUAUACUGGCCUUAUGGUCAGGCGUUCUCACUCUCUUUCCCCGGAUUCUGCUAUUCGCGGCCGAGGAGGGUCAGCAGAUGACGCCGCUUGAGUCGUUCGUGUGCUUGCAUUUUGGUCUGUUCCUUUCUGCUAUUGCCGCAGCCAUCGUCUUCAAUAUCCCUUCUGCCCGUCCGGUUCCAACACGAGAUCAAUCGGACCCGCCGAUGCACCCACUCGUAUAUUCCAUGUCGAUUUUCUCUCUUUUGAGCGCGUUCCUGGCAUACAAUACGGCCGACGUAGGCGCGCUGUCCACAUUGUUCGCUCUCAGCAUGGGAAGCAUCGGCGUCUUUGGUGUCUGGGCAAUCACCUUCGCUGGCCCUGGAACGCACUCCAAAAAGACGGGCGCCGACAAACACACAAGUCGAUUCCUGUUCGGGAAUAAAGCCUCUGCGUCAAUGCAGAAGAAGCGGUGGCGAGAGGAACAGAAGAGGGCAAGGGAACACUAA